UUGUUUUAUCCUUGCUUUGCCAGAGGGCGUUUGUGUAGUCGUUAAAAAUGUUAGUCGAAAGCUGUCGAAAAUGAUGAAUUCGGUUUUGCAAAUUUUAAGAACUUUAGAUAUGUUGUAGAAAAAUACUAAAUCAUGAUGAUUUAAUAGCUAGGUUGUGUAAAAUUAUAUUAAAAACGGGGUAGAGAGUGAUUUGGUGUGUAAAAGUCAUAAGACUUGUGUCAUCUGACUGCUCUUCCUUCAAGAUGGCUCCUCCGCCGGAAUAUGAUAAGGAACCGAAAGCCCCGGAUAAAAGUGCCGUAACAAUAGCUAAUGAUGACUCCAAACUUCUUCACAACAUCGUGAAUGACCAGCAAACCAAUUCGGAUCACAAACCUUCAAAUACGGCUGCCAACACUGAAGUUGAGAACAACAAACAAGUGGUGAACCUGGACGAUGGACAGCUCCGCGCGCUCCUGGAUGAGGCUAUGAAUUACAAAUGUCCCAAAGAUCUUGAAGGCAAAAGCAACCUAUUCAAGGAGUUACUGGAGGAGGUGGAGCAGCAAGACGACCAGGCGAGCGAGGCGGCGGCGCGGGGGGUGGCAAGACGACCAGGCGAGCGAGGCGGCGGCGCGGGGGGUGGGCGCGGCUCGGGCUCCGCGGCGGUCGGCGGGCGGCGGCGCGCGCUCCCGUCACGCGCUCACUCCAACUCUCUACAAGACCUGGUGGCGGCCCUGGCGGCGGAGUCGGCGCCGCGUCGCCCGAGACACCACGCGCCGGCGCCCGCGCCGGUCUCCACGCGAGCCAUACAGGGCGGCAGUCUGCCUUCCGGCGUCGACACCUCGUUCCUCCUGGGCGAGGAGGGCGGCGGCGCGCGCUACCUGGCGACGGUGCGCUGCGUCAACCCGCCGCCGCUGGGCGAGCGCCGCGUGUCGGCCAGCGACGCCAACGGGCCCGACCUCGACCCGCCUGCCGCCAGAAGGAGUAAGCCGGUGUUCCCGAUGACGUACACGGCGCGCGCGACUCUCGAAAUCGGCAGCGGCAGCGUCUGCUCGGGCCGCGCGGUCACCACCACCACCGCCUCCAACCAGGUGCGUACACCCCGCCCCGCCCGCCCCGCCCCGCCGCCCGCCCCGGCGAGGCACACCGACGCGAACCCCAAACCGAACCCCGACCAGAAGAGACUCAUGAACGCACUUAACCCGAAACACGAAAGAAACGAAUCUAACCCUCCCGCUGAAGGUAAGACACGCAAACCGCGCGGCCCGAGUAUGAAAUGCAGCCCGAGCGAGGACCCGCCCCAGCGACGAGCGACCGAAGGCUACGCCUCGUGGGACUCGCCGAGAUAUCGCCAGUAUACCAGCCCCGUUUCCGAACAGUGGUCCAGUGGGGUGGACCGGUGGUACGAGGGUCUGGCAGCUUAUCAUGACACGUUCCAACAGAUGGCCAGAGGCGCCGCACAGCAACGAAAUAAAAGUCAUAUCGCUUACAAAAAGGACGGUCCUGAAGUCAGUGCGCGUACACAUCCACCUGAAGUGACAGAAAUCCAAACGAAAUAUCGUCCGAACUCAACGAAUACAGGCCCCAAUAUUCCAGAAAAUAUUGCUACGGGCAAAAGUGUUAAUGAAAAAUCUAAAUAUAAUAUUAAUAGCUCAAGAAGAAAUACAGUGCCAAUUCUCGAUGCUAGUUCUAUUAAAUAUGUUUCCAAAGCAAGAAUCGCCAAGCAAGUAACGGAAGAAUCUCAAAAUAAAAUUAAUAAUGUGAUCGACGAGAGUUCAGAAUUAUACAGGGUAGAGAAAAAAGCUAGUGAUACUGCGAAAAGUGAUAUUAGAUAUAAAAAUGAGUACAGAGAGAAAGUAGGUUAUAGUUUAAAACCAUUAAAAUUUGUAGCAAAUCCAAAAAAUAUUAGAAAUAUGACAAUAGGUUCGGCGUCUGUUACAAACAUUGGUGAACCUCGUCAAAGCUCGGAUGUGAUACAAACUACUAGUGAUAUAAAAAAUAUAAAUGUAGGAAGCAAUGAUAAUAAUGAUGUUAUAAAGUGUGAGAGUAAAGAAGAAAAAAAUGUUGAGAUGAAUGAAAAUUACAACAAUUCAGAUUUUUGUAAUGGUACUGAGAGUUCCAAUAACGAAAAAGAAAUAAUAAAGGGUGUGAAGAUGAUCGAAAUUACUGCAAAUAAACACGAUAAUCUCGAAUGCAAUCCUCCUCUAAUUGAUAAAAACAAAGACAUUGAAAUGAUAGCUAUUGAUCAUACUCAGAUUAAAUUGGAAAAAGAAAAUAAUAACGACAUUGAAUUAACAGACUUCGUUACGACAAGUCGGCAUAAGAGCGACGUUGAUUCUUUUUCACAAUAUUGUGUUACCCAGGAAAAAUUGUUACAAGCUCUAGAAAAUUCCGAUGCAAAUGAACAAUGCCAUAUUGAAGAAAUCCAAAACGACGAGAAGAAAACUUCAAACAGUGAAAUAGUAGAAGAUCUAGAAAAAUCUCAUAAAGAGGAAGUCAUCGAAGAACCGACUAGGGAAAUUGUGGCGGAAGAAACAGGGCCUAGUGCCGAAUCGAAUGAACUGGUCAUUCAGUUGAAUAAACCCCAAGAAAAGGUGUCAAACGAUCAAUACAUUUUAGCGGAACUAUCUAAUAACGCUUAUGUUUUCCUAACACUGCCUAAACGCUUACUCAUACCUCUACAUAACAAAGAUCAACAACCAUCCCUGCAGAUACACGAAGUGCUAAAUAACACCGCCCAAGCUAACAUCCCCGAUGAUAAUACGGUAGCGAAGGUAUCUAACAAAAAGAAAAAAGAGAGAGUGGUUGGAGUCAGCGAUGACACCAAGAGGAAAGAUGCUAUUAACAAAACCGCACUUAGAGUUCUCCUGUUUGAGAAUUUAAAAAGAGAUGUGUCAGUAAAACCCGGGGCGUCUACCUCCGCCGGUGAAGAGGGUGAUUCCGCCAUACCGUUUAGUUGCAUCACAACACCAGAGGUUGUGGCCAGUUGCAACACGACGUCCUCCACGCCCCAGUCGGCCGUCGCUGUGGAUCCCAAGCCUUUGCAACUGGGCUCGGGCUACCGCGCCGUGGCCAGCCUGACGGGCGCCGCGCCGCCGCCCGCCGCGCAGCAGCUCCAGGUAUUCGUCCCGAGGCUCGCUCUGCAGCCCCGUAGUGUGAUCUCGAGCAGCUUCAACGGGCUGCCGCUGUCGCGGCCGUGCGGCGCCGCGCCCUCCGACCAGCAGGUGCCUAUAUUCACUGUGCACUACCGUUUACAGAAAUCGCUAGACGAAAACGGGAACGCGGUGCAAGGGUUCAGUUCGCCCGUCUCGGGCUCCGGCCAGCACAAGAAGCCGCGCAGGAAAAAGUCGUCCAAGAACGAGACCGUGAUCAAGUCGCACCAGAUCGACGGCUACCAGGGCAACAAGGACCUGAACGAGGUGCUGCGCUUCAUCGAGUCGCACGCCGAGCGGCCGAAGCACGACAAGCACAAGAAGCGCUCCGCCGAGCGCCGCAAGGACAAGGACAAGCCGCCGCGCGCGUCCUCGCUCGAGGAGCUGUCGCGCACCACGCUCGAGGAGCUGACGGCGCCCGCGCCCGCGCCGCCGCCCGAGCCGGAGCCCGCGCCGCCCGAGCCCGAGCCCGCCGACUUCCAGACCGUCACCAAGCGCCGCGCCAAGCGCCGCCCGCGCCCGCCCGCGCCCGGCUCCAACGACUCCACCGACGACCUGGAGUCGGCCGGCUCGCCGCCCGCCGCGCCGCCGCCGCCCGCCGCCUCGUACGCCGACAUCGCGCGCACGCGCCACAACAUCCCCGACCUCAUCGAGUCGUGCAACUUCUACGCCGAGGGCGAGGCGCCGCCGCCCGAGCCGCCGCGCGCCGACGACUACCCGGCGCUGGGCCCGCGCGCUAUUGUGACGUUAUCCCUUGUGCAGGUGGGCGAGCGGCGGCCGGCGGUGAUCCUGCUGGCGGCGGGCGGGCGCGCGCGCGAGCUGGACGGCGUGACGUUCGGCUUCGACGUCAACGAGACGCUGCUGGCCGCGCCCGCGCGCCGCCCGCGCUGCGACCUCGUGCGCGACGCGCUGGAGCUGGACGUGAAGACACCGACGGCCGUAACGGCGGUGCCGGCGCCGCCGACGGCGGUUCCGGCGGGCGGCGCGGUCCCGGCGCGCGGCGUGGCGGUCGGCGUGGGGUCGUGCGCGCUGCGCUACGUGGCGCCCGCGCCGCCGCCGGACACCCGUGUGUUGCAUCAGCUAGUUGACUACGUUGGCUCCGCGUGGGAGGACGUGGUGAGGUGCGGCGCCGGCAAGGUGCGCUACUUCAGCGAGUAGCCGACAGACGUUUCUCUAGUUAAGGAUUGUCACGAACCAAAAACGCGUGUGAACAGUGCGACCGAGUGCAGUGUAAAUAUGUCGUUGCCCCACAGUCGGGCCGCUAGCUUGCGCAGGCUCCGGCGAGCGAUCGCUUNAUCGCUUUACGAGUGGGUGAUGUGAAAGAGCAUUUAAUGAAUAAAAUUGCGCUUGAAAUCCAAAAAAUAUUGUUAUCGGUCCGUCGUUGCGGCGACGAGACCCGGCCGGCCCGGUGCCGAGUGAGUUAGCCGAGUGUUGUGGCGUACGCGUAACGCCGAAGUGAUCGCGUAGAUAAUGACGCGGAAGUGUUCGCGGCGUGUCGACAAUGAAGCAUAGUUGCGCAUCAUUUCGUCAGUAAAGUAAGGUGUUCGCGUCUACUUGGCGCAUCGUAUCUGAAUGUUAUUGUCGACAAUGAAACAGUGUUCGUAUCUUGUCGACAGUGAAGCAUAGUGUUCGCAUGUUGUCGACAGUGAAGCAUGGUGUCCGCGUCUUGCGGCAAGAAAGCAUUGUGUUUGAAUCUUCUUGUCACCAUUCAUGCAUGGUUUCCAAGUCUCUUGAUGACAGGAAGCGUUGUGUCCAAAUCUUCCUGUCGACAACGAAGCAUAGAGCGUGUUGUCGACAGAUAGCUGUGUGUCUUCUUGUCAAGCAUGGCUCGCAAGUCCCGCCGGCCCGCGCCGGUUUUUGUUUCGAGUCCGAGGAGGCAUGUAAUUAUUUGUUUCUGUUGAUGUUUAUUGUGCUUGAAUUUUGUUAUGUAAUCACAAAUAUUUGGUAGAUUUUUCUCUAACUAGCCACUCAUAUCUAUUUUGUUAUGUAUUUUUAAGUUUUACCAUUUUGAAAUGUAAAUAUAAAGAUCUUUUAAGGUGUAACUGGCCACGGUGGCGCGCCUCAUUUGGUCACGUCCUCAUCGCGGCAGUAGUAGGUGAGACUUCAUUAUAAUACUCUACUCUCUAAACGCUUAGAGUGAAAUUGUGAUUUAUUCAAACUCCUAAAAACUAGCAAAAUUGAUUAGUUGUUGAUUUACAAUUUUACUUCAGGUUUUUAAGAUUUACGUGGGACCUAAUUUACACGCUAUUUGUUGUAAUCAUCGAUUAUAAUUUAACAAUAGAAUUAAAUUACGUGUGUGCGAUCAAAUCCGAAAUACGAAAAAAGAUAUGAUUUUAGUAUGAGCACUUGACGAAAUGAGGUGGUGUGUUUGAAGCUAAUAAUAAAUAAUCCUAAUAAUGUUAAGUGUAAUGUGCGCCAGCCGCCGCCCGGCGCGCUGAGACACAUUGAUAUGAACUUUUGAGUCAUCCCGAAGGUUCAUAGACCAAUGUAAACGUUUGUGUAUUGUACAUAGUCUGUGAGUACUGUGCUGUUCACGUACGCAGCUCGCGCUAAGCCGCAUUUACGUAACUUCUCUGUAGGAUCGUAUACUUUGCUACUGUGAACUAGAAGUGUCUGUAGAUGGAGCCCAAAAAUGAUAAUUGAGAUUUCAUGAAUAAAUACGGUAUAAAUCAAAGUUAUUUGUGAUACGUAACUGUUUAUACCGCCUAAAAAUUUCCAAUUAAUACUGACGAUCCCCCUGUCUUCCGCACUUCAUACAAUAACCUGAUAGUAUUUAAUUAAUGUAAUCUCAAAAAAUGGCUGUUGUAUAAGAAGUGUUUUGCUACAUGCUAGUUGUUUGGUUGCUCAUUCUAUGUCCUGUCUUGUUUGCUGUUUAAUUGCUUUUCUUUCUCUAGCUGUAAGAAUUGCAUUGGAAAGCAAUUUAAAUUUUGAGAAUAAGAAAUAAAGCUCCAUCUAUAUUUAUUUCUACAUUUGUCUUACUAUAUUGUCCAUACAUUCAUUCUUAAGAACUAUUGUCUCAAUGUUGCAUAAAUAUCAACAAUAUUGUUAGAUGCAAUGCUAGUCGAACGAGUGUAAAAAAAUAAUAAAAAAAACAUAACCUGCUUUGAGAUACAGUGUUACAUGUGAUGAUAAUAUUGAAAUUUAGUUUUUAAUAGUUCAUAGUUGCUGAUCAUUAAGUAAGAGUUGUGGUCUAUUUGUGUGAUUAGCUUGUAGAAAACGUAAUAUUUGAAUCUUUAUGCUGAGAACUAUGUGGACAUUAAUUAAAUAACAUAUUAUAUUUUUAAUAAAGAGGACUUUGGGUAAGUUACCAGUCAAUGGUAUUGGUAUAAUUAAAAUAUUGUCUUAAAAUAAUUCAGUGUAUAUGAAUGUUCAAUGAAUAUAGGAAAAAUCAUUGUCUCCUUCCUAAGGAUUACAUUUAAUUUAAAUGAUAUGUCCUGUCCCAAAUACUUUCAAAAUUAUAAGUGAAACUUCUUGACCACAGCUGACUUUGUAAAUAUGAUGUACAUUAAUUUCAUUUUAUUUCAAUGGAAAUUUAGCAUUGUUUGUUGAGAUUGAUAUCUAUGUACUGAAAGGACGCUCAUAUCAAAGGUAUAGAAAUAUUAUUUAUUAUUUCUUUCCCUUGUAAAAUAUGUAAAUAGACGUGCAGAAAUUUGAUUGAUUUUUUAAAUCAUUCUUAGUGCAUUCUAGGCGUUGUAGAUGAAAGAUCUCUUGGUUUGGAUGUUGAGACAACCUGCCUUCAAGGGCAGCCAGUCAAAUUCGUAAGUCACCCUUUUGACAGACGUGCUCUGUACGGUUAGCACGAAAAACUUUCGAGUUCGUAUCGUUUGCUUAUUCGAAUCGCCAUCAAAAGAUUUAGUACGAAAACUACAACAGCGCCCUUGUGAAUGUGUCGUAAAGUGAACUUAAUAUGAGAAAAGUAGUAUAAGGUUGCACGAAACUUAUUUGAGAAUCAAAAUUGUCAUGUUAUCGUUUAAUUCGAAGGUUGAAUAUCGAAUUUUGUCGAAUACGCAAACGAUUCGAAAACGAAAGUUGUUCAUGCUAGAGGUACUGAAUACGAGACAAAGCCAGCGUACUCGUGUCCACGGCAAAUAAGCUACAGCUGUUUGGUAGUUCAAUUAAAGUUUUUUGGGCCAACUUUGGAUAAAAACUACAAAAUUAUUUUGACAAUGUUAAAAAAAUCAUCUCUUAGUACGCAAAAUUGGUGAAUAUUUGUUUUAAUUAUUAAAUCGAUAUGAUGAAUCCAUACUCUAUUGGUUAUUUAGUUUUUAUACUUACCUAUAUUUAUAAAAAAACUGGUGUUCAGUCAUUACUAAUUAAUUACUCAUAAAUGUAUGUCAUAAAAACUUCACCAAAUUAAGAAACAACUCAAAGAAAACCAACUGUUUUUUAUUUCAAGUGCUAACUGAAUAAAUUAUGCUAAAAUGCCUCGAGAUCUUAUUAAAAUUAUUUACUUAUGACUUGCUAAAUUCAUUAUCGAGCGAAAUAUGAAUGUAAUUAUUUUGUUUAGAAGAGUGAUGCUGUUUAGAGAAACUUUUCGGCAAAAGCAAAGUGUAAAUGUAUAAAUAUAAAAUUAAUGCUGAAUUAUAAGUUUUGAUUGUCUCAUUAUCUGAGUAAGUCAAACACAAACUUCCAAAUAUAAUAGAUUGAUUUAAAAUUAUUUAUGUAGAUGGUCAUAUUAUAAAAUAGAUUUAACUUAGUUGCUUUCGCAUUUCAAUUUUUAUUCAGGAAAUGAGAUAAUUGCCCUGUAUAAUAAUAUGUAUAUCAAUACGAAGAAUUAUUUAUCUGCUUUACAUCUAACUGUUUGUGCUGCAUUUUACUCUGUUCCUAUUUUUAGCAUUUCCACAACAGUAUUUUAUAGUGAUUUUUAAACAAACUGGUCACAAUAUUUUUAGGUUAAAAACAACAUUCAAAUAAUCUUUAUUUCACGAGUAAAUUAAUUUUAGAUUACAUAAUACAUUUCAACUCAUCUCCAAAUUGUUUUUCAUUUAGGUAACAAAUAAAAGUCGAUCAUUUUGUUGCCCUAGAAAAACACAUUUACAUUCAUCUUUAGUAAGAUUAAGAUUUUUUUAUUGUUUCACUUUCAUUAAUUUUAUUUUAUUUUAGGCCAUAAAAAUAGAAGUUACUGUAUUGAAAGAAUAAUAUAAUU